CCUUCAUUUGUUAUACCUUGAUUUACGCGCCCUGGGAUGACCCCAUAACUUAACGUAUCAACAAUGCUACGAAAACAUGAAGUGCUCAGGGUGGUAACGCCCAUCCCCGGCUUCAUCCCGCGCCAGUUCGCCAUCAAUGUCCUCCACUCGCACGGGGAGGUCAUCACCAUUAAUCCGCAUGUCGUCGAUCACAAGCCCAUCAAGGCGCCAGCCGACGCCCCUGUUGAUGAAUGCGACAGCAGCUGGUACGAGAUUGUCGAGCGCAAACAACUCAUCGCAGGCAAAGGAAAGCCUGGCUCUGGCAUGAUUACCUUCAACGGCAUCUCUCGCGAUGUUUCCUCCAAGGGUUGCUUCCACAACAUGCCCUGGGGCUUGCAGACUCACAUCAGAGCCCCAAUGAACGUCGAGUUAUGGAUUAGAUAUUCCAUCGACGGCAACCAACUGGGAAUAGAGCCUGCGCAACGCCUUGAGCUUGGCCUCGAGUCUCUGGGUGCACCCACAGAUGGCUUAUACCUGCGCCAAGACAUUGAGGUUACUUGCAACAUUGCCAUACUCAAGUAUGUCAAGACGCCGCUGAGGGCAGAGGGCCAAGCUCUGGUGGAUCGAAUCAUUAAAAAGGCAGAGCAGGCUGAUGCCGCUGUUCUGCACAGGAUGAUGGAGGACAGCAAGUUCCAUAUGUCGGAGUCGAAAGGCAGAUCUAGUAUGCCGGCAGAACUCCAAGAUGAUGGAAUCUCAGAGUUUCCUCCAAUAGAGCUGGCAGCAGAAUCAACUCCGACAUUGCCCCAUGGUGUCGCCUCCCAGCCUUACUAUUCGCCCAGCCAUAGUCCGCAAAUCGACAAGGCAACCUUCGGCCAAUUCAAUUUGACUGGGAAGAACGCACCCUAACAUCAUCCCACCCGUCAGGCAUAUGGCAUCCCAUCGCGUCCUGGGGGACCAAAGUCAAACGCAUCCACAAGGGAGCCUUACCGUCUCCGAACAACCCAGGAGUCGCCGCAGACGCGCGCG